UUCUCUUCAGAUAUUCCAGACAUCACAGGAGUGUUUUCAAGUUUGACCCUUGAAGUUUUCAGAAAAUAGCAGCAAGACGCCCAAGCUGACAGAAUAAUAAUUAUAAUUACUAUUAUUAUUAUAUUAGCGUUUUUAAACCAACUCGUGAGAGAUUUCCAAAGCAAUUUCAGAAGCUUCUGUUUUUUUCUUCCAACAAUAUGGGACAAAUCUUUGGCAUAAGCAAGUACAAGAGGGUGAAGAAGAAGAAGAAAGUGGACUUUAUGGAGGAGUACGUUAGGCGGCAGUUUCGUGGACAUGACCCCCCUGAAAAUAACUACGGCACACUAGUAGAACUUAACAUGCGAUCGAUUCGACAGAAAGGUGAGGUUGACGAUAAGAUCUUAGGGAAAGAAUCUCGAAGUUCCAGUGCGGUGUACUUUUUAAAGGACUUCCUUAUAAAACAUGACCUGGACUUUCAUAUCGAGCCGAUUGUCGGUCCGUGCACUGAAAGGGAGAUUGAAAGAAUUAAAGCCCGCAAGGUCAAACUGGAAAUGGGGGAAAGAAAGGAAUCAAUAAGAGACAUGCUGGUCGAACAGAAAGCUUUGGACAAGCCACCAUCUGUUAAAAGUGAAGUUUGUACUCUCCAAAAGCUCCUCGCAGAUGUGAAAAAAUCACUUGACGCAGAUGAGAAAGAUUGGGUGGACUUCGAACUGCAAAUGUACAAGACUAUGGAAGAAAUGAACAUGGAGCUAAAACGUAAUUUUGAUCAGUUGAAAGUGCUUAGUCAGGCCGUAGAAUCCACAGACGACAUGAAAAAAGACCUUACCAGGAAACUAUCUCUGAAGUCUAAAGAACCAGAGCCCGCUCCCCGAAAACUCUCUUUGGCACCUCAGAGGGUAAAAAUGUACUGCCUGUCACCCACUUUAUUGCAACUUACUCGAGCAAUGGAUGAAGUGGACUGGGUGCGAAAAGAGGCUGCCGUGAGGUUUAGAAGGCGGAAUGAGUUCAUUGAUUCAACAGAUGAAUUCCUGGGGAUAGAAGAAAAAUGUUUCUAUUCCAGGGAACAUGAGGAACGGAAAGCUCUUCAAGAAAGGCUCAAACUGGAAAGAGAGGCAGUAGAACGAGCAAAGAUACAGAGAUUAGCUCACAGACAAUCAACUCCGGACAUUAUGGUACCAGAGGGGUUGAGGAAAUCACUAUCUUUCGAGACCAUUGCAUCAAAAGUUGGAGAGGACCUGACGAAUGAUAGUUAAUGAUUCGGAAAAAAAACCUUGACAGAACUAGACACAUGCAAGAACAAAAGUGUCUAAUAGGGAGCCUUAAAAGGGCUGCAGUAUUGGAGGAGCUUGGAGACCAGAAGGCUGCAGGAGUGAAGGAGCUCGGAGUCUGGGGGGUUGUGGCGCAGACUCCUAGCACUACAACCCCAUGGCUGGGAGCCUGGAAGCCUGUGGGCACUAAAGUGAUUGGAGCUUGGGGGGGCUGUGGGCACCGAGGGGCUAUGAGCUCUGAGGUGCUUGGAGCCUGGGGGGCUGUGGGCACCGAGGAGCUUGGAGCCUUAGGGGUUGUGGGCUCUGAGGUGCUUGGAGCCUGGGGGGUUGCGGGCACUAAUGUGCUCGGAGCCUGGGGGGCUUUGGUCACCGAGGUGCUCGGAACCUGGGGGGCCAAUGUAACCAAGAAGCUAGGAGCAAGCGGGGCCAUGGGAACCAGAAGCUAGGAGCCCGUGGGGCCAAGGCAAACAAGAAGCUAAGAGUUUGCAGUUCCAAGGCAACCAAGAAGCUAGGAGCCUGCGGUUCCAAGGCAACCGAGAAGCUAGGAACGUGCUGGGCCAAGGCAACCAAGAAGCUAGGAGCCUGCGGUUCCAAGGCAACCGAGAAGCUAGGAACGUGCUGGGCCAAGGCAACCAAGAAGCUAGGAGCCUGCGGUUCCAAGGCAACCAAGAAGCUAGGAGCCUGCGGUUCCAAGGCAACCAAGAAGCUAGGAACCUGCGGUUCCAAGGCAACUAAGAAGCUAGGAGCCUGCGGGUCCAAGGCAACCAAGAAGCUAGGAGCACACGGUUCCAAGGACACCGAGAAGCUAGGAGCCCACGGAGCCGGUUCUACCAGACACUAGGGGCCCGCGGGGCCGAUUCAAUCUGACACUAGGUGCCCACGUGGCUGAUUCAAACAACACUAGGAGCCCGCGGUGCCCAUUCAACUGGACACUAUGAGCCCGCGGGGCCGAUUCAACCGGACACUAGGAGCCCGCGGUGCCCAUUCAACCGGACACAAGGAGCCCGCGGGGCCGAUUCAACCGGACACUAUGAGCCCGCGGGGCCGAUUCAACCGGACACUAUGAGCCCGCGGGGCCGAUUCAGGACACUAGGAGCCCGCGGGGCCGAUUCAACCGGACACUAUGAGCCCGCGGGGCCGAUUCAACCGGACACUAGGAGCCCGCGGGGCCGAUUCAACCGGACACUAGGAGCCCGCGGGGCCCAUUCAACCGGACACUGGGAGCCCGCGGGGCCCAUUCAACCGGACACUGGGAGCCCGCGGGGCCCAUUCAACCGGACACUGGGAGCCCGCGGGGCCCAUUCAACCGGACAUUGGGAACCGGCGGGGCCCAAUCCAGCAGACACUGGGAGCCCAUUCAACCGGACACUGGGAGCCCGCGGGGCCCAUUCCACCAGACACUGGGAGCCCGCGGGGCCCAUUCCACCAGACACUGGGAGCCCGCGGGGCCCAUUCCACCAGACACUGGGAGCCCGCGGGGCCCAUUCCACCAGACACUAGAAGCCCGCGGGACCCAUUGCACCAGACAUUAGGAGCCUGCGGGGCCCAUUCAACCAGACACUGGGAUCCCGCCGGGCCCAUUCCACCAGACACUGGGAUCCCGCCGGGCCCAUUCCACCAGACACUGGGAGCCCGCCAGGCUCAUUCCACCAGACACUAGAAACCCGCGGGACCCAUUGCACCAGACAUUAGGGCCUGCGGGGCCCAUUCAACCAGACACUAGGAGCCCGCGGGGCCCAUUCAACCAGACACUAGGAGCCCGCGGGACCAAGGCAACCGAGAAGCUAGGAGCCUGCUUGGCCCAGACAACCGAGAAGCUGGGAGCCUGCUGGGGCUAAGAAACCUAGAAGCUGGGAGCCGUCGGGGUCAAAGCAAUCUAGAAGCUGGGAGCCCACCAGGAAUCUGCAACCAAGAAGCUAAGAGCCGGCGGAGCCAAGGCAACCGAGAAGCUGGGACCCCACGGGGCCAAGGCAGCCGAAAAGCUAAAAGCCAACGGGGCCUAGGCAACCGAGAAGCUAGGAGCCCACAGGGCUUCGGCAACCAAGAAGCUAGGAGCCCACGUGGCCGAUUCUACCAGACACUAGUAGCCGGCGGGGCCAACGCAACCAAGAAGCUAGGAGCCCGCAUGGCCGAUUCAACCAGACACUAGGAGCUGGUGGGGCCAAUGUAACUGAGAAGCUAGGAGCCGACGGGGCCGUUAUAACCAGACACUAGGAGCCGGCGGGCUCAAGGCAACCGAAAAGCUAUGAACCAGCAGCGCCAAGGCAACCGAGAAUCUAGGAGCCCACGGGGCCGUUACAACCAGACACUAGGAGCCGGCGGGGCCAAGGCAACCGAAAAGCUAUGAACCCGCAGGGCCAAGGCAACUGAGAAGCUAGGAGCCCACGCGGCCGUUACAACCAGACACUAGGAGCCAGCGGGGCCAAGGCAACCGAAAAACUAUGAACCCGCAGGGUGAAGGCAACCGUGAAGCUAGGAGCCCACGUGGCAGUUACUACCAGACACUAGGAGCCGGCAUGGCCAAUUCAACCAGACACUGGCAGCCAGCGGGGCAAAGGCAACCAAAAAGCUAUGAACCCGCGGGGCCAAGGCAAUCGAGAAGCUUGGAGCCCACGGGGCCGAUUCUACCAGACACUAGGGGCCGGCGGGGCCAACGCAACCGAGAAGCUAGGAGCACACGGGGCCAUUACAACCAGACACUAGGAGCCCGCAUGGCCUAUUCAACCAGACACUAGGAGCCAGCGGGGACAAUUCAACCGAAAAGCUAUGGACCUGCGGGCCAAGGCAAUGGAGAAGCUAGGAGCCCACGGGGCCUAUUCUACCAGACAGUAGAGGCCGGUGGGGCCAAUGGAACCGAGAAGAUAGGAGCCCACGGGACCAUUACAACCAGACACUAGGAGCCAGUGGGGACAAGGCAACCAAAAAGCUAUGAGCCCGUAUGGCCGAUUCAACCAGACACUGGGAGCCGGCGGGGCCAAGGCAACCGAGAAACUAUGAACCCGCGGGGCGAAGGCAAGCGAGAAGCUAGGACCCCAAGGGGCCGAUUCAACCUGACACUAGGAGCCAGCAUGGCCGAUUCAACCAGACACUAGGAGCCAGCAGGCCAAGGAAACCGAGAAGCUAGGAGCCCACAGGGUCUUGGCGACCGAGAAGCUAGGAGCCGGCGGUGCCAAUGCAACCGAGAAGCUAGGGGCCCUUGUGGCCGUUACAACCAGACGCUAGGAGCCAGCAUGGCCGAUUCAACCAGACACUAGGAGCCCGCAUGGCCGAUUCAACCAGACACUAGGAGCCGGCAGGCCAAGGAAACCGAGAAGCUAGGAGCCCACGGGGCCUUGGCGACCGAGAAGCUAGGAGCCGGUGGUGCCAAUGCAACCGAGAAGCUAGGAGCCCGUGGGGCUGUUACAACCAGACACUAGGAGCCAGCAGGGCCAAGUCAACCUAGAACUUAUGAACCCGCAGGGCCAAGGCAACCGAGAAUCUAGGAGCCCACGGGGCCGAUUCAACCAGACACUAGGAGCCGACCGGGACAUGACGCUGGUUUCUAAGGCUGACACUUUCCAGAGAGGAAGGGCGCAACAGACGAUGACCCCAGUGACCCCGAUGAUCCCGAAGGCCACACACACCAUCUGAACAGCUGACGAUCCCAUCCUGGAAAAAACUACACAUCGUAUAGAGAGGUUUAGAGGUUUUUGUUGAAGAUGUUUUCUGAUGCGCGGCCGUCUGGAAGCUGCAGAGUGAGGAAACAAACGUUACUUAUAGAGGAAUGUCAGGAGUAGGCGGAGCCCCAGUCCAGCCAGAGAAACACGGAGGAAAUAUGGAGCUGAAACCACUUCUGACCUGUACAGUGAUGCUGCAGAGUUUCUCCGUUUGUAUCCAUCACAAGUUGAACAAACCAACCACUAUCUGGAAGAUUGCCAGUUUUUCCCAUCAGUACAUCCAGUCGGCACAAACAAAUCCCACGCAGGUUUCCAUAGCUAUACCAGCUCCCUCCACACCUGUUUGUGUCGAAAUCAAUGACGAAGAUGAGGAGCAGAGACCGUGAGGUCUUGACUCAUCCAGUUGGUUUCAUGGAUCACGAGAAAGAUGAAUGAAGAAACAAGAAGGAAUGUCGGCUUUAAAAAUAGACGUGUUGGUAGUUUUGGUUUGCAUAACAUCAAAAUUAAUUAUUGAAAAUAAUAUAGAGAAAACAGAACAGAGGACAGAUAUGGAUAGUAUGAACCUCAAUCCAUUAAUGUUCUGAUGUUCAACUGUAAUAAUUCUGAUUCUCUGAUGAUUUCAGACUUUAUUUAAUUUAUUGAGAAAGAGAUACAUUAGACCAAUCUGGCCAACUUCCAUCCAUCAUUAGAGAUAAUUCAGAAAGUCUUUGUCAACAAUAAGAUUUAAUUUCCAUCCUUUGUUCUUCAAAUUAAAGAGUUUUUCCAACAU